AUGAGUAAGACUAAGGGUACCGAGGACCUCAAUAGGUGUAAAGAGGCCUAUAACAAGGUCGCAGAGUUCAGGGUGUAUAUCAUGUCAAAGAAGAUUGAGGAUUUCUCAGACUACCCCGCGGUGGCCGCCUACAUGCGUCUAAAGGACCCUAAGGCGCUCCAUCAGGCCUUUAUUAACAAUGCCUCGCUUCUUGUCCACUACUACCAGAUAAAGCAAGAAGUGUUCCAGGUCACUGACCUAUAG